AUGGUAACAGUAACUUACAUAUAUUAGAUACUUGGUCUGUGCUUUCCAAUCCUGUGGGAUAGAUACAAUGUUUCCUCUAUUUUGUAGAGGAAGAUAAUAAGGCAAGGGGAGGUUGAAUACUUUGCUGAAGGUCAUAUGCAGCCUCUAAGUGAGAGGCUCCAAUACUCACCACCUUCACCACAUUUACUGUUUCUCACACAAGUAUAUUCACUUUGUUGCUAAAGUUACUUUCUCCCCACUAAUCUAUGGCCUCUCCAUCUUUUGUUAAUGUAGUCUAUGAUUUCUCCAUUUCAGCAUGAUUUCUCCAUUUAUGUUUGGUCCAGAUUAAGACAAUUCAUAAACUAAAACAGAGCUGGUCUACUUCAGUUGGGUCCAAGAACAAUUCUCUUGGCCCUGAUCAAUUGACUCAAAUGUCAUGCCCUUGCUUUCUGAGCUAUAAUGAGAAAAAAGCUGUUUCGAGUUGCUGUUUAGGCAUUUUACAGUAUAAUGACCCAGAGUCUGGACAUUUGGAUAAUGACUUGAGUUUAAGAUUCCUGCCCCAAAUUACCACUUGCUUUUCCUGGGGCACCUUUGAAAACGACCAUUGAGAGUUGAACCUGUAUAAAGUUAGUGACCUGCACCCCAAUCACCUUAUACGUUAACACGCUCUUGCUAGCCUGUUCACAUGUGAACUGGGUCAGAGCACUGCCCUUCUCCUUGCUUAUUGCCUCCCUUUCCCUGCUCCUGGUUUCUGGGAUCUCUAAGUAAUAAGUCUUUCAAUUUUACUUCCUUUGUGGAUUGUACUGUACCUUCAAUCAAAACGACUGCAGGUUUUUACUUCCCUAGCUGGGCAACCGAGGGAGUUACUUGCUGACCCCAUGUGGUGGCUUGUGCCUCCUCAUUUAGCAGAUCAUAAUCUGUAUAUCCUUAAUUUAAUAUACCAGCUACAUGUCCCCCAACACAUAAGGGGUGCCAUUUUCCCUCGGCUAAUAAAUGGUGCUAUUUUUUAAGUUUCUACACUCCUGUAGACGGCGAAAAAUGAAUCAAAGGAGAUUGCAGUAUCUGGAUUGCAAAGGACCUAAAAAAUCUCAUUAAGGAAUAUGGAUUUAAUCCUAGACCCUCUCUUUCCCCAACAGUCCCCUAAAGGGCUUUAAGGCAGUGAAGCUCUUUUAACUAGAUUACUAUGGCAACCCCAGUGUGAAGAACAGACUCACCAAAGGCCAAGGGGCCAGUUGGGAAGCUUUCAUAGAACUCUACCUGUGAUGUCAGUAGUUUGAGCCAGGAUGGGUGGGAAACAAUGGAUGGAACUGAUGGAUGUGAGUGACUGGAUGGGGGUCGUGGGAGAGGGAGGCAGGAUUGUGGCUGGUGUUUCCUUGGGGCAACAGGGAUGGUCUAUUUUUAGACACAGAGAAUGAAGGAGGAAACAGAUUAGGGAUGAAAGACUAAUUUUAGCAGGUUUACUUGAAGGUGGGAUGGGCCGUGUACAAGUCUGAGAUUUAGGAAGGAGGUUGUGGACAGAGAUUAAAAAAUGUGGAAGUUGUCAGCACACGGAUUGAGACUCGUGCUUUUAAGAGUGUGUCAGGACAAAAGGAAUUCUAAGACAGAACCUCAAGGGAAACUAACAUUUAGGAGACGGGCCGGGGUACAGGAGCCUGAAAAAGGCCUCAGCAGAGAGUUGGAGGGAGAGCCCGGAGCAUGCACAGUCAGGGAAGUGGGGGCAGGGAGUGCUUCUAGAAGGAGCGGGUGGCCAACAGGGUCAAAUGUUAGGGAGAGCCUGAGUGACAGAGGACCAGACGAGAGUGACAUCAGUGACGCGGGCGUCCUGUGUGACCAGCUGAGGGCAGUUCAGAUAGAGCAGCAGACGCCACAGUUGACUUAAGGGUGUGAGCAACCUGUGCGCAUAGAUACAUGGCUCAAAAGGGGAGGAGAGGUGACGCUCACUAGCAUAUAAAGCUGAGGGUAACUACAUGUCUACCACUGUUUCCACAUCCAUCUCUUUCUGUUUUAGAUUUAAGAGACUUGAGUCUAUUUAACAGCUAAACAGAAGGAGGGAGUGGGGAAGGAGACAUCGAACCUACAGGAGGGAGGAGAGGAAAAGAAAAGGCUAUGUUUGCAGGAAACGGAAUCCACGACUGGUGGAUGAAGAUAGCCACCUUGACAGAGAGAAGGACAAGACUUCUACUGAGCCAGAUAGGAGGGAGAGAUGAGGAGGACGGGUCGGGCGGCCAAGCAGCCAUGCCUACCUGGGGGGCCGGCUCCCCGUCCCCUGACCGCUUUGCGGUGUCUGCGGAGGCCGAGGACAAGGUGCGGGAGCAGCUGCCCCGCGUGGAGCGCAUCUUCAGAGUGGGGAUGAGCGUCCUUCCGAAGGACUGUCCUGAGAACCCUCACAUCUGGCUGCAGCUGGAGGGCCCCAAAGAGAACGCCAGCAGAGCCAAGGAGUACCUGAAGGGUCUCUGUAGCCCGGAGCUACAGAAUGAAAUCCACUACCCACCCAAACUGCACUGCAUCUUUCUGGGAGCCCAGGGCUUCUUCCUUGAUUGCCUGACUUGGAGCACAUCUGCCCACUUGGUGCCUGGAGUGCCCGGCUCGCUGAUGGUCAGUGGCCUGACUGAGGCCUUCGUCAUGGUCCAGAGUCGAGUGGAGGAGCUGGUGGAGCGGCUGAGCUGGGACUUUCGUCUGGGGCCAUCCCCCGGAGCCUCUCAGUGUGCUGGAGUGCUGAGAGAGUUCUCUGCCCUGCUGCAGGCCCGGGGGGAUGCCCACACAGAGGCCCUGCUGCAGCUGCCCCAGGCCAUCCAGGAGGAGCUGCUGAGCCUGGUGCAGGAGGCAUCCCGGGGGCAGGGGCCCCAAGCAUUCCCGUCCUGGGGGUGGGGGGGCCCAGGUCCGUUGGGUGCUCAGCAGCAGGGAGUCAGGACUCCCCUGGGUGACGGUGGAGUGUCUUUGGACACGGGACCUACAGGGUGGCAAGAGUCAAGGGGAGAGAGACAUGCCAUGGAGAAGGAGGGAACAAAGGGUGGUGCCAGGGAGAUGGAUUUGGGGUGGAAGAAGUGGCCCGGGGAAGAGGCCUGGGAGAGACAAGUGGCCUUCAGGCCACAGUCGGGAGGAGAAGAGGCCUCGGGAGGAGGAGAGGCCGGGCAGGCAGGGCCUCCGAAAGGGAAGGCCCUGGGGAAGGAGGGAGUGCCCCAGGAAAGAGGAAGGCUUGGGGUCCAGGGCCAGCCUCCUGGUACCCAGGGCCCCUAUCAGAGGGCAUCUCAGCUCCGGGGAGCCUCCCUCCUCCAGCGGCUCCAUAAUGGGGAAGCCUCACCUCCAAGAGUGCCCAGCCCCCCACCUGCUCCUGAACCCCCGUGGCACUGUGGAGACCGAGGGGACAGGGGAGACCGAGCAGACAAGCAGCUGGUUGUGGCUCGAGGCCGAGGGUCUCCAUGGAAACGAGGCACCCGGGGGGGCAACUUGGUGACUGGCACACAGCGUUUCCAGGAGGCUCUCCAAGACCCUUUUACCCUGUGCCUUGCUAACGUGCCAGGCAAGCCAGACCUCCGCCAUAUCGUCAUCGAUGGCAGCAACGUGGCCAUGGUGCACGGCCUCCAGCACUACUUCUCCAGCCGGGGCAUCGCCAUUGCCGUGCAGUACUUCUGGGACCGAGGCCACCGCGACAUAACUGUCUUUGUGCCUCAGUGGCGUUUCAGUAAGGACUCCAAGGUCAGAGAGGGUCACUUCCUGCACAAGCUGUAUUCCCUCAGCCUGCUCUCCCUCACACCCUCCCGGGUCUUAGAUGGCAAGAGGAUCUCCUCCUAUGACGACAGGUUCAUGGUGAAGCUGGCUGAAGAGACUGACGGGAUCAUUGUCUCCAACGACCAGUUCCGGGACCUGGCAGAGGAGUCUGAGAAGUGGAUGGCAAUCAUCAGAGAGCGCCUGCUGCCUUUCACCUUUGUGGGAAACCUCUUCAUGGUGCCGGAUGACCCCCUGGGGCGAAAUGGCCCCACCCUGGAUGAGUUCCUGAAGAAACCAGUCAGGGCACCGGGGUCUUCUAAGCCUCAGCAUUCUGCCAGGGGCAUCACAGAACACAGUAAUCAGCAGCAGGGGAGAAAAGAAGAGGAAAAAGGCAAUGGCGGCAUUCGGAAGACGCGGGAGACAGAGCGGCUCCGGCGCCAACUGCUGGAGGUGUUUUGGGGCCAGGAUCACAAGGUGGACUUCAUCCUGCAGCGUGAGCCGUACUGCCGAGACAUCAACCAGCUCUCUGAGGCCCUGCUUAGUCUCAACUUCUGAGCUUCACCUGGCUGAGUGGCUGCCCCUCCGCUCAGCUCCAGUCUCACCCAGUUCAGCUCAUCCUGUGAGGGUCCCUCUGCUGCUCACACCCUGCCCCAGUCUCCCCCUGAGUUGGUGCUUUGUGUCAGGGAAGUUCUGAGGAAGAGCAUUCGUAUGUGAGGAAUGCUCUGGUGUGGAGCACUUUGGGGACAGGUCCAUGACGUGACCUGAUCUCAUCUUGAGUCAGGACCUCGACCAGCUCUCAGGAGGUUCUUCUCAGCCUUAACUUCUCAACCUUGCCUUUUGCAGGGUUUCUGUAGGGAGUGGGGGCUGCUGCAAGGGGUGGGUUCGGGAGAUUGGGACUGCUGGCCCCUGCUCCACGCCGAGCUGGGGGUGGAGGCUAGGGUAGGUGGGAGGGGAAUGGAGAACAGGUGGCCGGGAAGCUAAGCCUUUCCUCCUCAUGGCUGCUGCUCUGAAGGCCAGAGGACAGGGACGCUUCCCAGGCCUGGCUGGGCUCCUGGGCGCACCAAAGGGAAUGCUGGCCCCUGGAAAGGCUAGUGUUCCAGGGUCUGGGUCACAGUGGGGCAGCAGCGAGCUGGUGGAGAAGGCAGAGGGAGACUUGGCUUCUGGUCUCAGCUGUGCCUGCCUGUCACCUUGACUGAUCUUGGUCUUUACUUUUGCCUACAAGUCGGGGGUAAAAAUGCCUGUUGGGAGGAGAGAUGAGAACGUGGAGGAAAAACCCUUUGGACGAAAGGUACUUGGACCAAGUCUCAGGUGUGUCUGUCUGUGGUUGCACAGGCUUCUUAACCAGAACCUCACUUUCAGAGAGCUGAGGGUCCUCUGUCCCCAGGGCCUGUGCCCUGGAUUUUAACACUGCAUCCUCAGUAUAAUGUGCCCUGUAAUGGCUGCGUCCCUUUUGGGCAACCCUCCCCCCCAAUCCACAUUUACAGAACAGGUAAUUAGGGUGACUGCAUUACCAGUAAACUCUCAGGGUUUGUUCCUCUCAACGGCAGCUCUCCUGUUGCAUCCAGGUGUUUGUUUACAGAUGAACGAAUGUGUCGGCUAGUCCCAGUCUCUGGUUAACGCACUUGCUCGAGCGCUGAGCAGUCACCAAACUGAUGAAGCUAUGUUCUGUGAGGACAACGAUCAUGUGACCAGACCCCAGCAUUUUCUCUAUAGAACAGCUAUGUCGCAUAAAGUGAAUCCCACUUC